GCUGAAUGCCAGCCUCCCGGUUUCCAGCUCCUUGCUGGGUCCACGGGCUCCGGUUGGUUUCAGAGGAGCUAACGAAACGCUCUUUCCUCCUCGCAGGUGCCUGAAGACGUCCUUUCCCCGGGGGAGCUGGUGUGGACGGAGGGGCGUGCUGGUCACCAUGACAACAGAGACAGGCCCCGAUUCUGAGGUGAAGAAGGCUCAGGAGGAGGCCCCACAGCAGCCCGAGGCAGCCGCCGCUGCGACCACCCCUGUGACCCCCGCAGGCCACGGCGGCCACCUGGAGGCCAACUCCAAUGAGAAGCACCCGCCCCAGCAGGACACUCGGCCUGCUGGACAGAGCCUAGACAUGGAGGAGAAGGGGUAUGGGGAGGCUGAUGGCCUGUCAGAGAGGACCACGCCCAGCAGAGCCCAGAAAUCACCCCAGAAGAUUGCCAAGAAGUACAAGAGUGCCAUCUGCCGAGUCACUCUGCUCGAUGCCUCUGAGUACGAGUGUGAGGUGGAGAAACACGGCCGGGGCCAGGUGCUGUUUGACCUGGUCUGUGAGCACCUCAACCUCCUGGAGAAGGACUACUUCGGCCUGACCUUCUGUGACGCCGACAGCCAGAAGAACUGGCUGGACCCCUCCAAGGAAAUCAAGAAGCAGAUCCGGAGCAGCCCUUGGAAUUUUGCCUUCACAGUCAAGUUCUACCCCCCUGACCCUGCCCAGCUGACAGAAGACAUCACAAGAUACUACCUGUGCCUGCAGCUGAGGGCGGACAUCAUCACGGGCCGGCUGCCAUGCUCCUUUGUCACACAUGCCCUGCUGGGUUCCUACGCCGUGCAGGCGGAGCUGGGCGACUAUGACGCCGAGGAGCACGUAGGCAACUAUGUCAGCGAGCUCCGCUUCGCCCCCAACCAGACCCGGGAACUGGAGGAGAGGAUCAUGGAACUGCACAAGACGUACAGGGGCAUGACUCCAGGAGAAGCAGAAAUCCACUUCUUAGAGAACGCCAAGAAGCUUUCCAUGUAUGGAGUAGACCUGCACCAUGCUAAGGACUCCGAGGGCAUCGACAUUAUGUUAGGAGUCUGUGCCAAUGGCCUGCUCAUCUACCGGGACCGGCUGAGAAUCAACCGCUUCGCCUGGCCCAAGAUUCUCAAGAUCUCCUAUAAGAGGAGUAACUUUUAUAUCAAGAUCCGGCCUGGGGAGUAUGAGCAGUUUGAGAGCACAAUUGGCUUUAAGCUCCCAAACCACCGGUCAGCCAAGAGACUGUGGAAGGUCUGCAUAGAGCACCACACGUUCUUCCGGCUGGUGUCGCCCGAGCCCCCGCCCAAGGGCUUCCUGGUGAUGGGCUCCAAGUUCCGAUAUAGUGGGAGGACCCAGGCGCAAACCCGCCAGGCCAGCGCCCUCAUUGACCGGCCCGCACCCUUCUUUGAGCGUUCCUCCAGCAAACGGUACACCAUGUCCCGCAGCCUUGAUGGAGCAGAGUUCUCCCGCCCGGCCUCGGUUAGUGAGAACCAUGACACGGGACCUGACGGUGACAAGCAGGAGGAGGAUGGCGAGUCUGGGGGUAGGCGUUCAGAGGCUGAGGAAGGAGAGGUCAGGACCCCCACCAAGAUCAAGGAGCUAAAGCUGGAGCAGGAAACCACGCCGAGACACAAGCAGGAGUUCUUAGACAAGCCAGAGGAUGUCUUGCUCAAGCACCAGGCCAGCAUCAACGAGCUCAAGAGGACCCUGAAGGAACCCAACAGCAAACUGAUCCACCGGGACCGAGACUGGGAGCGGGAGCGCAGGCUGCCCUCCUCUCCUGCCUCCCCCUCCCCCAAGGGCACCCCUGAGAAAGUCAACGAGAGAGCAGGGCUAAGGGAGGGCUCAGAGGAGAAGGUCAAACCGCCUCGUCCCAGGGCCCCAGAGAGUGACACGGGAGACGAGGACCAGGACCAGGAGAGGGAUGCGGUGUUCCUGAAGGACAACCACCUGGCCAUUGAGCGCAAGUGCUCCAGCAUCACGGUCAGCUCCACGUCCAGCCUGGAGGCUGAGGUUGACUUCACGGUCAUUGGUGACUACCAUGGUGGCGCCUUCGAAGACUUCUCCCGCAGCCUGCCUGAGCUCGACCGAGACAAAAGCGACUCAGAGACCGAGGGCCUGGUGUUCUCCCGGGAUCUCAACAAGGGGGGCCUCAGCCAGGAAGACGAGCCUGGGGGCAUCGAGGAUAGCCCGGAUCGAGGGGCCUGCGCCACCCCAGAUAUGCCCCAGUUUGAGCCCGUGAAAACGGAAACCAUGACGGUCAGCAGCCUGGCCAUUAGAAAGAAGAUUGAGCCUGAGGCUGUCCUGCAGACCAGAGUCAGCACUAUGGACACCAGCCAGGUUGAUGGGACUGCCCCAGGGGGAAAGGAGUCCGUAACAACUGCUCCCUCCAUCACCACGGAGACCAUAUCGACCACCAUGGAGAACAGUCUCAAGUCCGGGAAGGGGGCAGCCGCCAUGAUCCCAGGCCCACAGACGGUGGCCACGGAUAUCCGUUCUCUUUCUCCGAUCAUCGGGAAAGAUGUCCUCACCAGCACGUACGGCGCCACCGCGGAAACCCUCUCCACCUCCACCACCACCCAUGUUACCAAAACUGUGAAAGGGGGGUUUUCUGAGACGAGGAUCGAGAAGCGGAUCAUCAUCACUGGGGAUGAAGAUGUUGAUCAAGACCAGGCCCUGGCUUUGGCCAUCAAGGAGGCCAAACUGCAGCAUCCUGACAUGCUGGUAACCAAAGCUGUCGUAUACAGAGAAACAGACCCGUCCCCAGAGGAGAGGGACAGGAAGCCACAGGAAUCCUGACCUCUGUGAAGAGAUGCUGGCGUUUCUGGUCCAACCCAAGCCAGAGAACCGUUAAGAAGGGGCCUUCAUUCUGGAUUCUCCGACUCAACACCGAAGUCCCAGCUGUGACAUACUGUCACCGAAGAGGAACUGGGAAAGGAAAAGCAUAUAUAUAUAGAUAUAUAUAGAUAUAGAUAUAUAUACAGGAAACACCGCGUCCUUGCACUGCUGCUGGGGCUGGUCACGCAAUCGGCCAACAGCAACAACCAACAUCUGAACACCUACAUUUCCUUUGCAGACAAAUUGAAGAACUGGUGGGAUUUUUCAGGAAAAAAAAAAAAAAAUA